CGAGUGGUAUGGGCUACUCUGGGAUGACAUUCUUAGCUUAUAUCCAAGCCACCAAAGCCGAUAUUUCAAUGUGAAAGUGCUCAAUGAAAAAUGACCUCCAUGUCCAAACACUCUGUUGGACUUCAGGAUUUUUUUUACAUGGUGAUACCAUCGGACUCAAGUAGUUGUGAGAAAUCAGUGAAUAUCAGAUACUCAGGGUUGCCGUACAUAUUGAGCUUGAAGAGACCAAGUUUCACAGGCGUAGAACAAGAUUACAUGCACCGAAACAUAGUAAAUCCUAUAUUUGACUGACGGGUUGGUGUUGCGACGUUGCCGGAGGUGGUCAAAGUGGAGGUGUGCUACAUUGGAUUCCAUGUAUGGGUGUUUGAAAAUACAUAGUGGAAUUCUUAAGGAACAUAUUAUCAAAAUAUGAAGUGGUUGAAAUUCCACCCUGUUUACUGGUUUUUCAGCAGCGAUAGUAUCGUAAUAGCCAGAAAUUCGAUAUUACGAAUCUGUAGAUAUUUUGCUGAAUCAUGGUGAUAAUACAUCAUUUUCAAAGUGAAAUGAUGCACUAUUCCAUGAAUAUAUAUAUUCGGAGUUUAUAAUUCCAUCGACGGUUGGUAUGCGUAUUGCUGAUAUAAGUAGCCAGAGAACUUCAGUUGUAAUCAGUACUAAAUAUCCCUCUUAAAGGGUUAAAGAAAAUUUAUGGAUAGGAGGAAAACUUCUGAAAUAUAAUAUAUUGAGUGUCAAUGAAUUGAAUAAAAGGUUAUAUCAUAUGUGUUUAGAAGUGCUGUUUAAUUACCUAUUUCUAUCUACCACUUCCUGUGUAGACCUUAUCAAAUGCUACCUAAAUGUGGAUGUAAAGGAAUUCGAAGUUGUGCCGUUUGCGAAGUCAAUAGUAUUCCAGACAGUGUUUCCGAAUUCACUUUUUGCUCUAAAUGUUGUAUAGCAGAAAUUGAAAAGUCUGCUUUAUCAUCAGGUGAAACUCAUACACAUGAAAAUGGUUUCUCAUUUCCGGGUGUUGAAGUUAUACAAGAUUUUAUUAGUGAAAGUGAAGAAGCUAUGCUGAUUAGUGUAAUUGAUGAGCAGCCAUGGUUUUUAUCUCAGUCUGGCAGAAGAAAACAGGAUUAUGGACCUAAAGUAAACUUUAAACGACAAAAAGUUCAUGUUGGUGAAUUUUGCGGUUUACCUGCAUAUUGUAAAUUUCUUAUUACUCGAUAUAAUGAUCAAUUAAAAGAAAAAAUACCUCCUGACGAGGAGUUUCUUCCAGUGGAAUUAUGCAAUUUAGAAUAUGAAUCAGAUCGUGGCGCCUGUAUUGUACCACAUUUUGAUGAUUCAUGGUUAUGGGGUGAACGGUUAGUGACAGUGAAUUUAUGCGGUUCAACUUGUUUAACUUUUACACUACCUUCAAAUGAUGCUGUAAACGGGAUAAAUGACGAACUACAACGUAUUCAAUCAUGUUUAUCAAAAGAGAUAUUAACAGAUGAUACGAUUUGUGUACGUGUACCAUUGGAUAGACGUUCGUUAGUUGUAGUCAGUGGACCAGCACGAUAUUUAUGGCAACAUGAAAUUAGACGUUCAGAUAUACCAACUAGACGAAUUGCUAUGACAUUUCGUGAAUUAAGCGAUAUAUUUACCCCAGGCUUUGACAAUUUAACCAGUGAACAAACUAUUGGAAAAGAACUCUUACAAAUUGCUUCCACAUAUAAUGGUCGUGUUUGUAAUAAACAGAAUGUUUAA